GCGCUCAAUGCGUUAGAUAUAUCGAGAUGAUCGGACCCCUUUUUGAAGAUUGUUCAACGAGCAAGGCAGUUGCCAACACCGCUGUGGGCGGUUUCGGUUGCGAUUUUGGGCGCAAGCCACCUCUUGGCCUGUGUCGACGAUCAAAGUUAAGUUCAUUCGUUUCGUGGGUUCACCUGAGAUAUCUGUGUAAUGGAGACCAUCGCAAGAUGGCUGUUGGUCACAGACAUAGAUUUCGCCUUGCGCAUCUUUACACAUUAAUCCUUCUUUCGGGUGCAUUUGGAGAUAGGCAUUGGGCUGAAGAAGAGCAUCAAUUCCCUCGCUCUCCUCUGUCAACAUUCUUGCUCAACUGGUCUGUGGUUCAGCACAUUGCUUAAAUAAAUUAUGACUGAAUGGCCC